AUGGCGGACGAAGGGCGCCAUGACAGUCGUCGUGUAUUAUCCUCUCCUCGUCGUCGUCGUUCCUCCUCCUCGUUCCUCGCUCGCAAAGAGCAAAAUUUCUCGCGGUGUGUGAGUGCAUGCAUGUUCGUACAAGUGUGUUACGAAUUCGGGAAUCUAGUCCCGACCCGACGUGGUGUUCCCAUGCACGAGCGGCGUAAUAAAUACUUUUCACAUAAUAAAUUCUUUAUCGAAUGGAAAUAUAUACCCUGCACGAUCAGUGUUAUACCGGAUUAGCGAGUUCCCUAUACGUCGGUGGGUUAACGUGGCCAUUAUUGCUGAGGUUGGAUCGGCGCGCUUGGUAGCGAAAGUAGCGGUGUGUGUGUGGAACAACAGCUCGAGGGAUAGAGAGAGAGAGAGAGAGAAAAAAAGUGAUGGAUGGAAAGAGAUAGCGAGAGGUAGUCGCGAGGCCGAAGCGGAGAGCGCGUCCGUACCCCCGCCGUCUCUUACAAUCGGGACGCAAUACGGUCGCGGCCGAUGUAGAGGAAGUUGAGGAAAAAAUAAAAACCGCGUGCAACGAAACUAAAAGGAAGAAGAGAAAGGAGGAAAGAAGAAAGAGAAGACCGAGAACGAUGCUUAAAAGCCUCGAGUCGAAUCUAGUACCACAAUGAAGCUAAUGAAAAAUAUGGAGGAAGAUUGAGUACGAGGCAACCGCCGUGUUGUUUUUCGUCGCAAAAAUGAAUAGCGAACAGCAUACUAUACCAGCCGCCUCGCAGGCCCAGCAAGAGGCAAAUGUAGCUAGUAACACGAGUCAAGGACAAUUAGGGAAUGCGCAGCAACAAGCUUCUUCCUCGGAUGUACGAGUAGGUACGCCGGCGGUAGCGUUAGCCUCCUCGGUAGCCAAGUAUUGGGUCUUGACGGGUUUGUUUCCCGGGCCGAUACCCCAGGUUUCGGUCUAUCAUACUCAACAACAAAAUUCCAUCGGCUCUCAAAGGAGCGCCGAAUUACAAAACCAAAAUAAAGAAGCUGUCCAAGCUGGAACAGGAUCUCAUCAGAUUGCCGCAGUCGGAGGAAAUCUCAUUCUUCGGAGCGACGACACUCAUCGACAUCAUCAAAAAUCUGCUAUUAACAAUUCUCCUACCACAACCGCUAUCACCGCCGCCACCGCUACUACCACCAACAAUAGCAACAAUAAUAAUCUGGGCAACGGCACGGUUGAUACCCCGUUGCAAUCGGGCCCACAGAUUGCAGUCUCGCUGCCGGGCCUGAAUCUAGACGGGACUCACAUACAGGCGAGUCAUUUGCAGGCUGCUCACGCACAGAUGCAGCAACAGAUGCAGUCUCAACAGCAACAGCUGCAUCAACAGCAGCAGCAGCAACAACAGCAACAACAGCAGCAGCAGCAGCAGCAGCAGCAGCAACAACAACAACAACAACAACAACAGACACAACAACAGGCGCAUCAUCAGAUGCAAAGUCAUCAAAAUCCUCAAAACAAUGUCACAAAUUCACAAAAUCAGAACGCCCAGCGAGAUGAAAACAAAGUUAAGGAUGAGGGCGGUAGCUGUACCACCGAACGCUGUAGCGAUAAUCAAGUUCAUUGUCAAGUUCAGUGCGAUCUUCAGCUUCAACAACCGCAAGAUUUGCAACAGAGCAUUAUGCAGCAGCAGCAGCAGCAGCAGCAGCAGCAGCAAAUCGGCGUUAGUAUAAGCGGUAAUGCUGGUGGCAACGAUAAUGGAACUGCAACGAAACCUGAGAAAGAAAAGGAACUGCGUCAACUAAACAUGGCACAGUUUCAAGUACCAGACUUGAAACCCGGUGGUCACAUGAUGGACGUAAGAACAGCGGAUGGUUCGGUAGUGAAGAUAAGCGCUGGAAAUGAGCAAGAUCUCGCUAAGACUCUUGGUGCUGAAAUGGUCCAAAACAUGUAUAAGGUUAACGUUGAGGAUAUAAACCAAUUGCUCGCUUAUCACGAAGUAUUUGGGAAACUUCAGAGCGAAAUAGCAGCUGGUACGACACUCGUUGGUGGGACAGUACCCACUCAAACUGUUACUACUAUACAGAAUGGAACACCGAUCGUUCAACAAGUACAGCUCAACAAAUUUGACAUCAAGACUAGUGACGGCGAGGCAACGCCUGGACCAAGCGCUUCGCCCGUAUCCGUUGGGAGUCACGCUUGCGAAGUUUGCGGCAAAAUAUUCCAAUUUCGCUAUCAGCUUAUCGUCCAUCGGAGAUAUCAUACCGAACGGAAACCCUUCACGUGUCAGGUUUGCGGCAAAGCAUUCUCGAACGCGAACGAUCUGACUCGUCAUGGUAAAUGUCAUUUGGGUGGUUCAAUGUUCACGUGUGCGGUGUGUUUUCACGUUUUUGCAAACGCGCCUUCUCUUGAGCGUCACAUGAAACGUCACGCGACCGACAAGCCGUACAAUUGCACCGUUUGUGGCAAAAGUUUCGCACGGAAAGAGCAUCUUGACAACCAUACGCGUUGUCACACCGGCGAAACUCCGUACAGGUGUCAAUAUUGCGCAAAAACUUUCACCCGCAAAGAGCAUAUGGUCAACCACGUGCGCAAACACACAGGUGAAACUCCUCAUCGUUGUGACAUUUGCAAGAAGAGCUUCACCCGUAAGGAACACUUUAUGAAUCAUGUUAUGUGGCAUACCGGCGAAACACCUCAUCAUUGUCAAGUUUGUGGCAAAAAAUAUACUCGCAAAGAACAUCUCGCCAAUCAUAUGCGAUCGCACACCAAUGAUACGCCUUUUCGUUGUGAAAUAUGUGGCAAGUCGUUUACGAGGAAGGAGCACUUCACGAAUCACAUAAUGUGGCACACCGGUGAGACACCGCAUCGCUGUGAUUUCUGCUCCAAGACGUUUACCCGAAAGGAACAUCUCCUGAACCACGUACGCCAGCACACGGGUGAGUCACCACACCGAUGCGGCUUCUGCUCCAAAUCGUUCACCAGAAAGGAACACCUUGUUAACCACAUCCGCCAACACACAGGUGAAACACCCUUUCGCUGUCAAUACUGUCCGAAAGCGUUUACGCGGAAGGACCACCUGGUUAACCACGUCAGGCAGCACACGGGUGAGUCACCGCACAAGUGCCAGUAUUGCACCAAAUCGUUCACGCGGAAGGAACAUUUGACAAAUCACGUGCGUCAACACACAGGCGAAUCGCCACAUCGAUGCCACUUCUGCUCAAAGUCGUUCACGCGGAAGGAACACUUGACGAAUCACGUGAGAAUCCACACCGGGGAAUCCCCCCACAGAUGUGAAUUCUGUCAGAGGACUUUCACCAGAAAGGAACAUCUCAAUAAUCAUCUACGUCAGCACACCGGAGAUUCAUCCCAUUGUUGUAACGUUUGCAACAAACCAUUCACGAGAAAGGAACAUCUUGUUAAUCACAUGCGAUGUCAUACGGGUGAACGGCCCUUCGUGUGUACAGAAUGCGGCAAGAGUUUUCCCCUCAAGGGGAACCUUCUCUUUCAUAUGCGCUCGCACAACAAGGGCAGCAACGCCGAAAGACCAUUCAGAUGCGAUCUUUGCCCCAAAGACUUCAUGUGCAAGGGUCAUCUCGUAUCACACAGGCGUUCGCAUUCCGACGAGAGACCGCAUAGCUGUCCAGAUUGCGGCAAAACUUUUGUCGAAAAAGGCAACAUGUUGCGACAUUUGAGAAAACAUGCCGCCGAAGGAGCUCCGACACAAGUAACAACCGCCGCCUCCGCAAUUUCUCAACCGGGUGUACUGCCAAUACCAGCGGCCGCUGUACUCGUUGGGCAUCCCCUCGCACCCCCGGCACCCCCCGUUGUACCGCAGCAUACGGUCGUUGUCCCAACACCACCGGGAGUCCUUACUUCUUAUUGAUGAAACAACAAUCUUUCUCAUUGAUAUACGAUUAUCGAAGACGGGGGAACCAGAUUCGACAUUAGCGAUUCGCCAAACGAAUUAUAUAUCUCGGAUUACGGUGAAUUCUGAUUUCUCUUAAAACACGUCUCUCUCCCUCCCUCUCUGUCUCUUUCUCUCGUUUAACUUUGCACGAACCAUGCAAAUUGCCGAAAAUACGGCGGCACUGGUAAAUUCGUGCCUCUUUUUUUUUUUUUCGUUUUUUUUUCUUUUCUGUUUUCUUUUUUUUCUCUCAUUCUUCCGAAUGAUGAGAGGAAAUAAAUAAUCGCCAAUGGUGAACGCUAUUUCUUUAGCGUAUUGAUAUAAUCCUAUAUCAUACGGACAAGUAAAUCGAUACCGUUUGCGAAUAACCAAUGGAACCGACAUAGUUGACGUAUGUGUAACAAAAAAAAAAAAAAAAAAAAAAAAAAAAAUUCAAAUUACUUUGAAAUUGGAGUGCUCAAUGUAUCAUGGGCACACGAUAUAUUAUAUAGCGAAGGUACGAUUGGAAUGUAUUGUAUAAUGAUGAUAAUUGUACGCGCAAACUUGCCAAUUUGCGUUAUAUCCAAUCGUAUCCUCGUUAAAAGUGAGCGGAGGGAAAGUAUUGUAUUUAUCUAAUAAUCGCGUAUAUCAUAAGAGUUUGAAUGAAAACGAAUCUAUUUUCAUCAUUUUUUCUAAUCGGCACACGCGUAACGUUUUUCGCGUAACGUGAUUCUGAUGUAGAGAAUUAGAGAGAUGAAAGAGCACGAAGAAACAAAACGGUUGAGAAGUAGGUAUGUGAAAAUUGAGCCAAUACAGAAAUACGAAACUGCGUGCUUCUACGAGUUUAUACGGAUAUAUCCAUUAUUAUCUAGAUACUCGCGGGCGAAAUAUUUUGUUCGUUUUGAACGUUUUUUUUUUAUGCGACCCGGGAAAACGCUGUGAGGUGUGUAAGGACACUGUAAAAUGUAAAAUAUUAUAUAAUAAAAAUAGGUAGCAAUUGUGGAUUUUUGUUCGUAAGAACGAUGGAAAUUUAAUUUGUAAAAGGAUUGCGGCGCGGAGCCUUUUGCGUACAACCCUUGAAAGAAAACGAAAAAAAUACAUAAAACAUCUCAGUGCAAUAUAUGAACCAGGAAACUUUUGCCGAGUUGUAUAAUGCGCUGUCUAAAUGAAGAUACAGCUUGAAAAACUGUUUGAUCAAAAUCGAAUAAAUUUCUAUGAAAGAAGAAAAAAAAAAACACGCCGUAUGUGUACAGCUUUGAGUUAACUUCUGCCAUAGUUGAAACGCGUUUUAUCGAAUUUGAGCUAUAUUUCGAUGAAUCGAAAAUAAAAAAUGAAUAAACGAUUAAUGAGCUGUUUCAUUUCAACAAAACUUUCUCCGGCGACAGCAGGUAGUCUGCUUUAUUCGGAAAAAGAUGAACGAAACAAUAGCUCAAAACCAAGAAUCGUGUUUUUACGAGAAAUCAGGAUAGAGGAAACAUUGGCACAAAUUGUGCAUCGUUUAUCCGUUAGAACAGCAAAUUGUAGGAUCGUGUAUUUCCUAUUUGAAUGUUAUAUGAGCAAGGAGACGAAAAAAAUAUAGAUAUGAACGGAGUUGUGAUUGGGAGGGCAGACAAAGAGAGAUACGUUUGCAAUCCAUUGUUUAGUGAUUUUUAGUCCCGAGCUUGCGACGCUCGAUUCCCCUUGGUCCAUCGAGAGCGUCGCGUGUAUCAUAUAUUUCCUUUUCCAACUUUUUUUUUCCUUUUUUUUUCUUCAGUUCCGCUGUAUUGUAAAAAAAAAAGAGUUGUUAUUAUUUUUAUUGUUUAAGCGUGAGUGCAAAAAGAAACUAGUAACAUUAUUAAAGCGCAAAAGCCGUGAAGCACACAGAGCAUUUCGUGUAAAGGAAAAAACUGACGAAAAAAAAGAAUGCACUACAAGUAAAGAAAUAACAACGGCGAAAAUGAAUGUAGACUCUCAUCAACGCUAUUUAGAUGACUAGACUCGUAUAUUAACAUUUUAUGAAUAUAUUAGAAUAUUCGGCAAUUUACGCGUGCGCCUGAUGUGUGUGUGUGCGUGUGUGUGUGCGCGCGCGCGUGUGCGUGCAUGGUAUGAAAAACAUUCAUCUUUGGAAAUGUUAAAGACAAAGUGCAAAUUCAUCGCUGGUUGUCAAACACCGAAAACGAGAACGUUAAACGAAGAAGAAAAAACAGCAGAUUCGCACAGCAGGGCAAAUGGUGGACAUAAAUAUCAUAAUUAUGCAAAUGGAGAUGCGUUUUAACUGGUGGAACCGUAUAUGAACCGAGAACUUAAUUGUUUGUAGAUUCUCGUUAAUUGAGACAGAUAAAAGGGGACGAAUAAGAGAGCAAGAGAAAAAAGAAUAGUAGAGCUUCGGAAAAUGCAAAAAAAAGGGAGGGGAGUGGGGAAAGUAGAAGUAUGAAAAUCAUCCCAGAUGAUUCAAAGUCCUCUCCGAGUCACGUAGCAUUAGUAGUCAAUACUAAUCCUUUUCCUCCCAACCGCCUCACUCCUCCGCCCUCGUGAAACAUUUUUUCGAUGUAUUCCUUCGAAUCCUCCUCCCCCCGCCUCUGCCACUCUUCCUCACAUCCUUCUAUCGAAUAGUAUUUACGAUUAAGAAUGACAUUAAUACGGAAAAUAAAACGAAUAGAGAUAAUGUUUAUAUGAAUUAUUAUUAUUAUUGCUAUUAUUAUUAUUAUUAUUAUUAUUAUUAUUAUUAUUAAUACUACGAAUAUGUUUUUGAGACGUAAAAAAAGUUGGAUCAUUGCUUUUUAGAAGGAAACAAAUGAAUUUGAAUUUUAUGCUUGUUCGUGGGGGGGGGGGAUCAUGAAGAGUUUGAAUAUGGUGCAAGCAGGAGAGUGAAGAAAGAUUAAAGAAGAAAGGGUGUUGACAAGCUGAAAUCAAAUUCCAACUUAAUAUUCCUUGCGAACCGAGAGUAGCGCGUUAUCAUUCGAUACAUUGAUUAUCGAAUCCGUGAGAAAUAACACGAAACAACGAUUAAUUAUUUUUCGGUUCGAAGGGAAACAGGGUGAUGGAAUUAAAAAUUGAAAAAUAAGAAAGAAAAAAAUAACAACAACAACAGAUUUAAAAUAUGAUUUAUCUUUAGAUAGAAGAAAAAAUAUGUAUAGAAUUUUAUUAUGCACCAUUGUAAUAUUAUGUAUCCCAGUUGUGACACAAUAUACACUGGUGUUAUGUUAAAUGUGA